GCCUGGACUCAGAGUGCUCCGGCGGUUCACAGUGACGUUUAAGGAUCCGGUUGGAGAGCAACGUUGGGCCCCUCAGACUCGCCACAGCAGCUUGCCUCAAGGGCUCUAGCCCUCUAAUAGGAGUCCCCUUCUGGGGUAUGCCCCACUAGCUCAGAGUGGCAAUGCUACGGCAUUGCCCCAUCCCCGGUUUCACCACGGCCGGCCCCCGGAGAAAGAGCGCCCUCAAGGCCCCGGCAGGCCCCGGCCCGGAGCUGGAAGAUGUCAAGGAGGAGAGCAAGGAGCCCCUAACCCAGCACAAAGUGCUCAAGAUCUUCAGCAUCAACAUCAUCGCGCAGGGGCUGCCCUUCUGCCGCCGCAGGAUGAAGAGAAAGUUGGACCAUGGCCCCGAGGUCCGAUCUUUCCCUUCAGGAAAAAAGCCGUGCAAGGGCUCGGAGUAUCCGAGCCCCGCAGGGCUUGUCCCGUACUCGGCCACGCCCACCACCUUCGGACACCUGCGAGCGGCCAAUGGACAGGGGCAGCAGCGACGGCGCAUCACCUCCAUCCAGCCUCCGAGUGGCCUGCAGGAAUGGCUGCGGACCUUCCAGAGCUGGAGCGGCACGGAGAAGCUUCUGGCGCUAGACGAGCUCAUCGACAGCUGCGAGCCCACGCAGGUCAAGCACAUGAUGCAGGUGAUCGAGCCGCAGUUCCAGCGCGACUUCAUCUCCCUGCUGCCCAAAGAGGUGAGACACAGCCCACUGUGCACUGUGGCUGAACACUAACCAGCUAGCGUGUCGAGGGCCGGGGAAACCAGACCUCACUUUCGUGACCUGCUAUGAGCCAGGCAGGCAGGCAGGCCUCCUUGUGGGUGUAAUUUAAAGGCGCUCGCUGCACCUGUGCCUCUCUGACGUUUCCAAAGCUCUGGUUUUGAUGUCCGCGCCGGUCUCGUUUUCUUCUGACCACCUCGUGACCUUCUCCUCACCCCCACCCCCUCCCAGGUGCUUAAAGGUCACGACGACCACGUGAUCACCUGCCUGCAGUUCUGUGGCAACCGCAUCGUUAGCGGCUCAGACGACAACACGCUGAAGGUGUGGUCGGCAGUCACAGGGAAGUGCCUGAGGACGCUGGUGGGUCACACGGGCGGAGUCUGGUCGUCCCAAAUGAAGGACAACAUUAUCAUCAGCGGCUCAACGGACCGAACACUGAAGGUGUGGAAUGGCGAGACUGGGGAGUGUAUCCACACGCUGUAUGGACACACGUCCACGGUGCGCUGCAUGCACCUACAUGAGAAGAGGGUGGUGAGCGGCUCCCGGGAUGCCACACUGCGGGUCUGGGACAUCGAGACAGGCCAGUGCCUGCACGUGCUGAUGGGGCACGUGGCGGCGGUGCGCUGCGUGCAGUACGACGGGCGGCGCGUGGUCAGCGGGGCCUACGACUUCAUGGUGAAGGUGUGGGACCCCGAGACAGAGACCUGUCUGCACACGCUUCAGGGACACACCAACCGCGUGUACUCCUUACAGUUCGACGGCAUCCACGUGGUGAGUGGCUCCCUGGACACGUCGAUCCGCGUGUGGGACGUGGAGACGGGGAACUGCAUCCACACGCUGACGGGCCACCAGUCGCUCACCAGCGGCAUGGAGCUCAGGGACAACAUCCUCGUCUCGGGCAACGCCGACUCCACCGUCAAGAUCUGGGACAUCAAGACGGGCCAGUGUCUGCAGACCCUGCAAGGUCCUCAUAAACACCAGAGCGCGGUGACGUGCCUACAGUUCAACAAGAACUUUGUGAUCACCAGCUCGGACGACGGCACGGUAAAGCUGUGGGACCUGCGGACGGGCGAGUUCAUCCGCAACCUGGUGACGUUGGAGAGCGGUGGCAGUGGCGGUGUGGUGUGGCGCAUCCGCGCCUCCAACACUAAGCUGGUGUGUGCCGUGGGCAGCCGGAACGGCACAGAGGAGACCAAGCUGCUUGUGCUGGACUUCGACGUGGACAUGAAGUGAGCAGGCCCAAAGACGAACCCGACGCACGCCGGCUUUCGGACACGGGGCGGCCCACCCCCCUGCCUCAUCCGUGCUCGCAUCCAUGCUCAUCCCGCAACCCCUCUUCCUCCUUCCCCCUCCCCCUCCCCCGCUGCUGCAAAGGCGCUAGGCCCCGACCUCUUGGAGGCCAGUGGGGAAUAUGUGUUUGGGGGGUUGGGGGCGGGGCUCAUCACACGCUGAUGUCACAGAGAGGCAGAGCCUAAAGGGAGGCUGGUUCAUGACAGGGGAGCUGGUGCCGUUCACGCACCACCGUGACACCCCCCCCCCCCCCCCCCCCCCCUCCGCACAGAGACUUGUUCGCUCAAGCCUGACGCUACCAGUUCAGUGUAUAAAUGUCUAUCUCCCCCCGCCCCCCCACAUCAACAGCAAAUGCAGGUUAUGGACUCACCGCUGUAUAGAAGGAAACCAGUGUCAUGUAAGAAAUGGUAUAUAGUGUAUAAAAAUAUUAAAGACGAUACCUUAACAAACAAAAAAAAAACAAAAACGAAAGAGAUUCUUACUGGCGAAACAUUGAGCAGAAUCACACACGCAGCUUUUUGGUUUUAAGGCCAGGGGGUGCCUGGUUUGUGUUUCGUUGGUAUUUUAAUUCCAUCAUUCGUUUCCUGGUUUGAACGGUGCAGAAACGACUGUGAAUUUCAGUUACUUUGUACAUUUGAUAAGUUCAAUGAACGAGUUUUUUUUUUCUGCCUACUGUUGCCAACAACAAUCGGUCCCAGUAUUAACCUCUCUCUCUCUCUCUCUCUCUCUAUCUAUUCUGUCUUUCUUUUUUGGGGGGGGGGGGGGGGUCUUAUCGAAAGAUAAAUCUCGAUAGGCAAGAUGUCCCGAGUCUUUGAAGAGUCUGGCUGGGUUAGCUCCUCAACACUGGUGCUAUGUUGGGGACGGGCCCCUGCCCCCCUCCCACUUCCCAGUACUGUGUUCCCAGUGGCCAAACUUUACCUAUGCUGCUAACGGAAGGGAAAAGGUGGAUGUUUAAUUGCUGCGACGUUUUAGUCCCAGACUAAAUUCCAAAUUAACUUUAGUUUGAACUCUUGACAUGAGCGCUGCGUGAGCGGCGACUGACUCUGCUGCCACUGGAACCCAAGCCAGGUGUGCCUCUGAGUGGCGUCAAGGAGGGAACGGACAGACGGACGGACAGAUGACAGACAGACAUGGGGCUGCCUGCAGCAGGGAAGGACAAGGACUGAGCGGACAUUUCUGUUUUAGGGUGCGUGUGUGACCGUGUGUGUGUGUGUGUGUGCACGUACGUGUGUGCAACAAAUUGUAAACACAUUCCUUAGGACAAAGUUCUUUCAGCCUGUCUUGGUGGGGGACUCCAUUCUAAAGGACUGUGGUGGAAAGGGACAGAUGGGGGGGGGGGGGGGGGAGUGGUAAAUAAGUCAGGUGAGUGGAUUUUUAAACGAAAGAAUCGCUGUGCCAACGUGCAAAUGAACAUCGCUCAACCUAAAGUUGGAGUGGACAGCUUGACGGAUUGAAGUGCCCCGACUUGGAAAACGCAGACAGACGUGAAAGAUGUCCGCUCAAAAGGCUCCUGGGGUCAGAGGUUGGCAUUGCAUGAGGUCGGUCGUCUUCCUGGAAGCAGACCCUGCUCUGGGUACGUCUGCUUCCUGGAUGAAAGGGCGAGCCUGCAGGGAAAGGUGAUAGUGUAGCCAAAUGAUUUGUCUCAUUUUCCAAGAGUACAUGACUCUAGCUGAACUGUGAAAGUGGCAUAACACUGUAUAUUAAACAGUCUUGUUCUCUCUCUCUCUCUUUCUCUCUAUCGUUCUCUCUCUCUCUUUCUCUCUCCCCAUUUAAUUUAUGAUCUGGUUUGAGAAAUCAGAUGUUACCGGUGGUUUUAUUUUCCAGUUUUAUGUAACUGCCUGCCGUCACAGACAGAGGAAAAAAAAAAAAAUGCGUAAGGGAUUGUGUAUUGUUUGAUUCACUUAGAAUUUUUAUUUUCUUAUAACUUAUAAGUGCAAUAAAAAGUGGGUUUUUCUUUUUCCAUAUCAAGCA